GUACUUACACUACCAAACCCUCUAGGGUUAAUUAUGAAUAGCAGAUACGAAGAGCUACUACGCAGUGCUCUACGAGCAAACCUCGAGAAGCAUGCCACCAAAUCGACGAGCAGAGCUAAAGGAGACACGGUAUCGUACACGGAUUACCAAACCUCAGAACAAGCGAUCAUGACGAAAUUCGCCAACGCACCAUACAACCUGUGCAAGGACAAAUUAGAGCGAGUGCGACAACGCGUCCAAGACGAAGUGUUCGCAUUGAGUCGCAAAACAGUGGACGAACGGAUUGCGACGCUGCUUGCGGAUCCAUCCGAUGGCGAUCUCAGUCGUGCCUGUCACAGCCUAGCUUAUGAUCUUUUCCGGCCCUGGUAUCAACAGGAACGCUACUACAGUGCCGACUAUUUUGCAAGUAAAGGCGGCAUACAACUACUAGUCGAUUUGGUGGGGUCUGAGUGCACGACGACCAACGUGAAGCUGCACGCCAUGUCUGCGCUGUGGUGCUUCUGUAGUGAUGAACGACGUAGCCGACUGCUAAUGGAGAGCAAGAUUUUAGAAGUCAUCGAUCCUUUGCUGAAGAAGGGCACGGACAAGGUCAGGACCAGGUGUGUUGGCCUACUUUGGGGUCUUCUGGAGUUCCCUGAUGUUCAGAAAGAAAUCGUGGAAGCAGGUUUUCUUACACCUCUUUCUGAAAUUCUUAAGAGUCCUUCAGGCUCUAUCAUAAUCAUCGAGCUUGCAAUGGGGUGCCUCCAGUGCUGCUGCUCAAAUUACUGUCUUAUUGAGAGACUCGUCAAGGAGAAUAUGGAUGAUGCCAUCAUCAAUCGUUGUGUUCGCUUACUUUCAUUCAUAGGGUAUGUGGGCAGUGAUAUGGCAGGAAAGAUAACAAUGAGUUGUUACUUCGGUUACCAUGCACUUGCAUCAAUGUAUUUACAUGCUGAGACAAAAUGCUGGUUGGACGAGAUGCAAGUGUCAAAUCACAGAUCACAGGCUGGUCAAUCAAACUUGAUCUGUAGCUUCUUGGAGAAGAAGGAGACUGCAUUGACAGCAAUAGACGUGUGGUUGCAUAACAACAGUUACGCAAAGAUUCGUGAUAUCGAAGAUGGUCACUAUGUGUGGCGUUACAUGCAUCCUUUUGCCUUAUUGCUUUAUGGGCGUAGCCCUGUGGUACGUCGUAUGGGCGCCUUUUCUAUGGCAAACCUUAUGAAAGGUCCAGAGAACAGACUUUUGCUUGUACGUAAUGAGGGCGAGAGCUACCCAUCGUUGCAGUGCUCCACCUGGUGCAAAGACAAAGAGACCCAAACACUGGCAAGAGAAGCUAUGAAGGAAGCUUAUAAAGAUGGAGUUGAUCCCCCAUCGUUACAAGCAAUCUGUAAAUUUUGGAUUUGUGAUAAUUUUGAUGUUGUCGGUCGAGGGUCAAUAAAAAUGUUGCCACGUGCUCUCCAGACAAAGGUAGUACCGUUUUUACACUAGUGACAGACCGUGGCAUUGCAGUCUGUGUCUGCAUCUGUGUUGUACAUGUGAUACCUAGUAAUAGAAUAGUUUG